UCUACAUGGUUCAAGAUGUGGUGCUAUCGCACAACUCCAGCAUGGCAGGGAUAUGACAACCUCGCUGCGUCGAUUAGCUCCUUCCACGCAUCACCAGCCUCGUUCUUUACUGUCCUUUCAACGCCGUCUCCAUUCUGUAUCUACUUCUUCAGAACACGAGACUAACAACAUGUAGGCACUCAUCCCGCGUUUACAUAUUCCUUAUACUCAACAUGACGAUCAGGGCCGCCAAGUUCACACCCAAGGUGCUCCUCAGCGCACCGCGCAGGUCCGAGGGCAUUCCCAACUCGGAUGCAUCGAAAGUACUGUACAGUGUGUCAACGUAUAGCUUCGAAGAGCAUGCCAAGAAAUCAGAAAUCCGGGUCCUCGAUGUAGCCAGUCAGCAGACCAGCCUGGUCACAGAUGACAAGACUGCGAGCGAACCCACCUGGAUCGAUGAUGACAACAUCCUCAUGCUGAACUCUGGUGAUGACGGCGUUACCACUGUGCUAGUCGGAAAGGCAGACAACUUUGACAACGACAACUACACAGCUGGCACGAUUGAAGGUCCGGUUGGCGACCUCAAGACUUACAGACUCAGUGAUGAUGAGAUUGCAUUCGCUGUGUCUGGCAAAGCAAAGCCGGAUGGCUCUUUCUACAACCCUGAGAAGGCAGAGAAGCCACAUACAUCGGGCAGGCUCUAUGGGUCGAUGUUCGUCCGGCAUUGGGAUCACUACGUAACGGAGAACAGGAACGCCAUCUGGCUUGGAAAACUGACAAGGAAGAAUAGCAAGUUUGAGUUGUCAAAGCUGAAAAAUGCUUUGAAGGGCUCCAAGCUCGAGAGUCCCAUCGACCCAUUUGGCGGGAAAGAUCACUUCGACAUCUCCAAACAUGGUCUGGUGUUCACCGCCAAGGAUCCUAAUCUCAACCCUGCACUCCACACGAGAACUCAUAUCUAUGUCUCUGCGCGCGCCGCUCCAGGAUUCUGGAAUCAUCUCGAUGACUGGUCUGAAGACACACCCGAGAUCCAGAAGAUAGAGCUGGCGAAGACUCACGGCUUCGAGGGCGCGUGCACAAGCCCGGUCUGGUCUAAUUCAGGAGAAAUGAUUGCGUUCUUGGCAAUGAGAACUGACGGGUACGAGUCGGACAAGAACCAGCCUUUCAUCAUCCAUGACUACAGCAAACUGGGGAACCCGCCAACUCUGCUUUACGCGUCGAAAGACGGCAAGGGGAAGUGGGAUAGAAGCCCCCAGUCCAUCUCUUGGAGCCCAGAUGACUGGCAUCUGUACUUCACAGCCGAAGAUCAUGGGCGUGGGAACCUCUUCCAUGCCGGACCUCCCAAGCGUCCUGGUGAAGAUUCGCCUCUGCCAACGGUCCUCGUCGAAGGCGGGAACGUUGCAGAUGUCAAGGUGCUGAAGUCUGGAAACCUCUUCAUCAGCUCGAACAGCUUGAUCGAAAACAGUCUGUAUUCCUUCGUACCUGUGGGCGACCACAAGAACCACGAGAACACCUACACACUUCCCACCUCCGAUAGCUCGUCUGGCUCAGAGUUCAACACCCUCACCACCCAAUACAUCUCCUCCAACACCCGCUCAGGCUCCAUGUUCGGCCUCUCUCGCUCUCAAAUCAGUGAGAUCCACUGGAAGGGCGCCGCACACAAUACAUCGGUUCAUGCAUGGGUCGUGAAGCCCUCCAACUUCUCCUCCGACAAAACAUACCCUCUCGCAUACCUUAUCCACGGCGGACCCCAAGGCGCAUGGGAGGACUCCUGGAGCACGCGCUGGAACCCUGCCGUCUUCGCCGAACAAGGCUACGUCGUUAUCUGUCCCAACCCCACCGGCAGCACCAGCUACGGGCAAGCCUUCACCGACGCAAUCCAAGGCCAAUGGGGCGGGCUUCCCUACCAAGACCUUGCGCUAGGCUUCGACUGGAUCAAGCACAACCUCUCAUACGUUGACACCAAGCGCGCAGUCGCCCUCGGAGCGAGUUACGGCGGCUACAUGAUGAACUGGAUCCAGGGCCGCCCGCUGGGCCGCCACUUCAAGGCGCUGGUAACCCACGACGGAGUGUUCAGUAUGGCGAGCCAGAUGUCAUCUGAAGAACUAUACUUCCCUUUCCACGACCUCAAGGGCGCACCGUGGAAGAAUCGCGAGGGCUGGGAGAAGUGGGAUCCGUCCAAGUACACUGAGCAUUGGCAGACACCGCAGCUUAUCAUCCAUAGUGAGCUGGAUUAUAGGCUGUUGAUUGGCGAGGGGUUGGCGGCGUUCCACACGCUGCAGACUCGGGGCGUGGAGAGCCAGUUCUUGACGUUCCCGGAUGAGAAUCAUUGGGUGCUUAAGCCGGAGAACAGUCUGUUGUGGCAUGAGACGGUGUUCAACUUCAUUAACCCUAAGGUGGGGCUGAAGCCGCUUACGGGAGGAGAGGCUUACGAGGAGGAGUAGGACGGUGCUUGCGCGCGACAAUAUCUUUGAGAUUUCGACUUUUCUAGCAAGCAUUUCGUUGCAAUGAAUCGUCAUCUACGCUCGUGGGCGCCAUAAGCCGCAGCUACAUUCACGCAGCGCGAGCUCACAAUCAUAGAAUACUGCUUUGCCUUUGGCAGUUUCGUCACGUGCCAGUAG